AUGAGGAGAGCCGAGGUGAUAGAAGUGAGGACCAUUUGCAAAUCCAUCUUCCAGAUUCAACACCAGCCCUUCUCAACAACCCCUCCAAACCGCCUCAUGGAAACAACAGGCUUCACCGAAACCCAGCUCACCGUCCGCGAGGCAGUCAGCGCCAUCUGUUCCCAAUUCCCCAACAGCUACUGGCGCGACCACGACCAGAACGAAGAGGACCCCAAGGAAUUCCACGCCGCCCUCGCCCGGGACGGCUGGCUGGGCAUUGCUCUCCCCGAGGAGCUGGGCGGGUCCGGGCUCGGCAUCGCAGAGGCCACCAUGAUGAUGCAGACCAUCACAGAGUCCGGGGCGGGCAUGGCCGGUGCCCAGGCCAUCCACGCCAACGUGUACGCCACCCAGCCGCUCGCCCGGUUCGGCUCAAAGGAGCAGCUGGAGAGCACCAUCCCCAACAUCGUGUCCGGCACAUGGCGGACCUGUUUUGGCGUGACGGAGCCCAACGCGGGCCUGGACACGCUGCGGCUGUCGACGAUGGCGAGGCGGCAGCCGGACGGCUCGUGCUACCGAGUGACGGGCCAGAAGAUCUGGAUCACCUGUGCGCAGGUGGCGCGGAAGAUGAUGUUGCUGGCGCGGACCACGGCGCUGGACACAGGCACCGACACAAAACCGAGCGAGGGCCUGUCGCUGUUCUGCAUCGACCUGGACCGAGACAAGCCCGGCCUGGACAUCCGGAAGAUCAAAAAGAUGGGCGGCCGCGCCGUCGACGCCAACGAGGUGUACUUUGACAACUACGAGAUCCCCGCCAGCGCGCUCAUCGGCCAGGAGGGUAAGGGCUUCAAGAUGAUCCUGCACGGCAUGAACGCCGAGCGGUGUCUGCUCGCCGGCGAGGCCCUCGGCCUGGGCUAUGCGGCGCUGACGAGGGCCGCCGCGUACGCGCGCGAGAGGACGGUCUUCCAGCGCCCCAUCGGCAUGAACCAGGGGAUCGCGCACCCCCUGGCGGACGCGUUCAUGCGCCUCGAGGGGGCUAAGCUGGCGACGUACCAUGCUGCGAGGCUGUUUGAUGCAGGUAAGACGGAUCCCUCGAUACGGCCCGAUGCGAUUGGCGUGGCUUGUAAUAGUGCAAAGUAUAUGGCGGCUGAGGCUGCGUUCAAUGCUUGUGAGAGGGCUAUCUUGACGCAUGGAGGUAUGGGAUAUGCCACAGAGUACGAUGUUGAAAGAUGGUUCCGAGAAUGUCUUGUGCCACGGAUUGCCCCUGUGAGCAGGGAGAUGAUUCUCAAUUACAUUAGCGAGAGAGUUCUACAAUUACCAAGGAGUUACUAG